AUGCCAUGCAACCGCCAGAUUGCAGUUCUGUCGGAUGAUGAAUGCAUAGCAGAAGACGGCAAUAUCGUUGAUUUGCUGAAACAGCUCCCGGAUGACAAGUCCGGAAAACAGCAGGUGGUCUUGAACCGGCUUGUUUGUCAAGAUGCAUUUCGCCGGCUCCUGGGAAUCGGGGCUUCAAGGUAUGCGCGGCUGAAACGUGCAGCUGUCACUGGGGCCCCUGUCCCAUUGGAUGGAAGAUGCUUGAAAAAACCUUUGCUCACCAAAAACAAGGCAUCUGUCACGAAGCGCUCCAUGAUCACCAGCUUCUUGACAGAACUGUAUCACACACUGUCAGAACCCAUGCCUGAAGCAAGUCAGAGUUUGAGGCAGUCCAGUGCUGAUGCGGGCGCUGAAUCUGUCCCACGGAACAUGCGCUUUCGGAGAAACCGGGGGCGACGUCCACGAGCUGCGGGCUUGUGGCACCGAGGCAAAGAUCAAACCGAGUUGCGGCUGUUACCACCUGGAAGCUUCAAUGACUACCUGUCUCUUCUUAGGGCCCGAUACCCUGAAGAGAAACUGUCGCUGAAACUGUUCACCAAAGUUUGGUCGCAUUCCUUUGGGACACGUCUUGCGAUCCGAGAAGCAUCAAACCAUGCGCAGUGUGCUACUUGUACGAGAGCAAAGAUGUUGAUCAAGAAGCUGAGCAACGAUCAGGUGGCGCGAGAUCAUCAAGUGGCAAUGUUUCAAAAACAUUUGGCCACACAAUACUCUGACAGAACGGUCUAUUGGGCAAGUCGUGCCAUGUCACGAUUGCCCCUGACACCCACUGGGAAUCGCACCAUCAGCAUAGUGGCUGACAGCAUCGACCACAACAAGUUCAGGUGGCCGCGGUCGAAAGUUUUUCUGAGUAAGGAAUUCGGGUCGUACAUACGGCCAACCAUGGACUUGACAUGUCUGAUCUGCCACGGACAUUUUUUGCUGCUGGGGAUGUCACAAUCAUGGGUGAGAAAAGAUUCAAGUUUCUGCACUGAUCUUCUCUUACAUGCAUUGCAUUCACUGAUGGAACAAGGCACUGACCUUCGAUCAUGCGAGGUCCUUUUACAAACUGACAACUGUUGCAGGGAGUGGAAAAAUAAUUGCCUUAUCCGCAUGGGAGCCCUGCUAACGGCCAGUCAUAAGGUGGCGCGCUUCGAAAGCCGCCACCUUAUGACUGGCCACUCGCACGAGGACAUUGAUCAGUUUUUUUCACAAGUGGGGAACAUGCUUGAAAGUUCCACAGAGCUCCACAGUCCGUCAGCUUUCGUUCGUGCUUUGGAAACUUGGUUGGCCAAGCCAUCAGUGAGACCACAUGAACCCAUCAAGAGUGUUCGGAAGAUUGACACUGUGAGGGCGUGGAAGACCUUCCUUCAUGGGGCUUGCCUUGAAAACCACCUGCGUGGAAUCACAGGCCCUGGCGCCCCACAUACCUUUGCAUUGGACCGACGUGGCACGUUGCCAGGAGAUGUUGCUGCUGCGGUGGUUUGUCCCGCUUUCUGGCUGCCGUACCAAUGGGAGCCACAUCCGGAUGACGUGAUCCUACGGACUGACACCUCUGGUACAUAUUGGUAUCUCGCAAAAACAAUAUUGUGUAAUGACAUGCUCACAGUGUGA